AUGUUUGCCACGAGAUCUAUUGGCCGUCAGGUCUUUUGUACGCCCAGAUGGGCUCGUGUUCGCUGUGUCUCCACUCUGGAAGGGAAUCCCCAUAUAUAUAUAUUUCCCAGUGAAAGUCCAACUACAUCGCAUAUUCUAUCUCUCCUACCCUCCGAACCAGUCAACCCUAAUCUUGCCAUUGGAGUUACAACCAAGCUCCCUCCAACCGCGGACUCGCUCACGGAGAACUCCAAGUUCCUCGGUAUCCUCCAAGAAGUGUUUACCAAGCAUGCUCAUGAAGAUCCUGAUGCACAGUCCCAGGCUCAAGUCAUGGUAUCCACAUCAGGUGCCAACUUAAUGUCGGGUGGCGUGCUACUUCCUGGCAAGCAGGGUGGGAGACGGCGUAAGGAGAUGGGUGACUCCAGUAGUGGGGCUAGUGGCCAAGGUGGUGUCGGUUCUGCUGGAAGAGGUGGCUGGAUACACAUUUCGGAUAGUAGACGACCUCCGGAGUAUGGACGAAUCGCAUGGCCUGAGGACAUGUUCGGUAGUCUCGAGGUUGAUGGACAGGGCCAAUUUGUAGAUGGGAAUGGAAAUUAUCAACCUAGCGGGACAUAUCGGACCGUGACCCGAGACGGAAUCCUGGGAUUGAGCCCAUUCCUCAGAGAAAAGCUCGUACAGAGACUGCGAGAGCUGGAGAAAUAA